GUCAUCUGAUCUUCCAGGCCCGGCGUCUGAGACUGUGGAGACUGAGGCAGUGAUGGCGGCGACUGUGGCGCUUCGGAUUCGGACCGGGACGCAGCGGACCCUAGUUCCUUGGCGCAUGCCAUGGCCACUCCUGCUGCUGGCGGCAGUGGCGGUGGCAGCCGCGGCCUCAGAGCAGCAAGUGCCGCUGGUGCUGUGGUCGAGUGACCGGGACCUGUGGGCUCCUGCGGUCGACACGCACGAGGGCCACAUCACCAGCGACCUGCAGCUUUCGUCCUACUUAGACCCCGCCCUGGAGCUGGGCCCCCGGAACGUGCUGCUCUUCCUUCAGGACAAGCUGAGCAUCGAGGACUUCACAGCAUAUGGUGGUGUGUUUGGAAAUAAGCAGGACAGCGCCUUUUCUAACCUGGAGAAUGCCCUGGACCUGGCUCCCUCCUCGCUUGUGCUGCCUGCAGUCGACUGGUACGCGGUCAGCACCCUGACGACCUACCUGCAGGAGAAGCUGGGUGCCAGCCCGCUGCACGUGGACUUGGCCACCCUGCGGGAGCUGAAGCUCAAUGCCAGCCUCCCCGCCCUACUGCUCAUCCGCUUGCCCUACACAGCCAGCUCUGGUCUGAUGGCGCCCAGGGAGGUCCUCACAGGCAAUGAUGAGGUGAUUGGGCAGGUGCUGAGCACCCUCAAGUCCGAAGACAUCUCCUACACAGCAGCAUUCACGGCAGUCCGCCCCUCCCGGGUGACUCGAGAUGUAGCCAUGGUUGCUGGGGGGCUAGGUCGCCAGCUGCUCCAGAAACAGGCAGUGUCACCUGUGAUCCAUCCGCCUGUGAGUUAUAAUGACACUGCCCCGAGGAUCCUGUUCUGGGCCCAGAACUUCUCCGUGGAGUUCGAAGGCCGACGGGAAGACCUAACCCGCCGCACCUUUGGGUCACCGGAGCUCAACCUCACUGGAUCCUUCUGGAACAGCUCCCUGGCUGGACUCUCUCUGACCUACAGCGGGCUCCUCGGCUCCACGGUGACGUUCCGGUUCAUCCUGGCCAACCGCUUCUACCCGGUGUCCGCCCGUGACUGGUUCACCAUGGAGCGCCUGGAGAUCCACAGCAACGGCUCGGUCACCACCUUCAACGCCUCCCAGGUCACCGGGCCCAGCAUCUACUCCUUCCGCUGCGAGUACGUGAGCAGCAGAAGCAAGGCGGGCGGCCUCCUGGUGCCCACCGUGCAGCCCUCGCCGUGGCACGUCACCCUGCAGGACUUCCAGAUCCAGGCCUUCAACGUGACGGGCGGGCAGUUCUCCUACGCCAGCGACUGUGCGGGCUUCUUCUCCCCCGGCAUCUGGAUGGGGCUGCUCACGUCACUCUUCAUGCUCUUCAUCUUCACCUACGGGCUGCACAUGAUCCUCAGCCUCAAGACCAUGGAUCGCUUCGAUGACCACAAGGGGCCCACCAUCGCUAUGACCCAGAUGGUGUGACCGCAGGUGGCAGGGGACUGAGGGGUGGGCGAAUGGAGGCUCCCCUUUUCCCACCCCCCCCCUCCGCCCGGCCCAACACGGUGUACAUAUUCCUGCGAGCGGUGGACCAAUCCCCGGGCUGCCCGCUGCGGUUCUCGGGUCCCCUGCCACCUGUUAUUUAUUCUCGCCCCUUGCUGUUCAUAGUGCUUUCCUGUGCAGAUGGCCCACCCCAGGCAGCCCCGAGCUUGGGGCCCCUCGAGGGCGUGGGGGUGGAAGGCCUGCUUCCCCUUCCGCCUCAGCAGCUCCCCGGCCCCCGGCCCGGUCCUGUGCUGGCCAUGCGCGGGCGCGGUCCUGUCUGUGCUCUCAGAGGGAAGGGACUGACUUCCCUGGCAGUUGUGCUGGGUGUGAGCAAUGGUUUCGGGCAUGUUAUUAUCAGGGGUGCCUGGUAGGAGGCUGGGACGUUCUGUUGUUUCCUUCCAAAUAAAAUAAACAAGGGUCCUCA